AUGUGCUCUCGCCAGGAGAAGGACCACUGCCACAAGCAGGAGCGCUACAUCCGACAGAGCAGCGGCGGCUGUCACAGCUCCGGCGGCGGCGGCUGUCACAGCUCCGGCGGUGGUGGCUGUCACAGCUCCGGUGGCGGUGGCUGUCACAGCAGUGGCGGUGGUGGCGGCUGUCACAGCUCCGGUGGUGGUGGCUGUCACAGUAGUGGCGGUGGUGGCUGUCACAGCUCUGGUGGCUCCGGAUGCCAUGGAAAGCCACAGGUGGUGUACCACCACCAGCAGCAGCAGCAGCAGCAGCAGGUCCACCAGCUGCCCUCGCAGAAGCUGAAGUGA